AUGCCUGAACCACAUGUUAUAGUUGCUCCUGUUAUAGAGGAAGUUGGGUUUGGUGUUGUAUCUAAAUUGAGACACUUAAAAGUAGAUCACGGGUUAGUUACAACGUUGGUCGAAAGGUGGAGGCUUGAGACACAUACUUUUCAUCUUCCAAUUGGAGAAUGCACAAUUACCUUGCAAGAUGUGUCACUACAAUUGGGGCUUAGAGUUGAUGGUCCUCCAGUAAUUGGACCUACAAUGUUUGAUUGGGAAGAUAUGUGUGAUACAUUGUUAGGGAUUACACCGAUUAAGGGGGAGUCCCUUGUUGGAUCUACGGUGAAGCUAAAGUGGUUGCGGGAAAAUAUGUUGCCUAUACAUGACGACUCAAGUCUCGACAAAAUACAUGCCCAUGCAAGGGCAUAUAUAUUAGGACUAAUUGGAGGGGUUCUUAUGCCUGAUAAAACAGGUAAUAAAGUACACUUAAUGUACUUGAAUUUCUUAAGUAAUCUUCGCAGAACUCGACGAUAUAGUUGGGGGACUGCUUGUUUAGUUGUGUUGUACAGGGAGAUGUGUAGAGCAAUAGAUCGACAUUCAAAGACCAUGGGUGGUUGUGCACCGUUGUUACAAUCGUGGGCAUGGUUUCGUAUGCCCUUUAUUGCACCAAUUUCGCGACUGCAAUUUAGUUUCCCACUUGUAUGUCGAUGGAGCGGAGGUCGUGUUUUGACCAUUCAAAAUGUCCCCCACAAUGAUUUAAUCGGAUACCGAUCAAGGCUAGACCAUAUAGAACAUAACCAGGUAACAUUGUAUUUGUCAUUCAAAUCUUUUUUGGUAAAAAAUGAAUCAGACAAUGAUGGUCCAUUGACGCGGUUUACAUGGGCUCCAUAUGAGGGAUUAGAGUCAAUUAUUCCUGCCCAAGCUUACAAAGACCAGGCAUUGUGGACUUCAUGCACAACUUUAAUUUGUUUUGCAAUUGUUGAAUGGCACCAGUCAGACCGGGUCAAGUUACAAUUUCGCCUAUCACAACAUGUUCCUGAAUUACCAAACAAUCUUGAUGACCUCCAUAAAGUUGAUAUGAAGGGCAAACAAGAUGAGAAUUGGGGUACUAGACAUGCCCAAUGGAUAGACGUAUGGAACAAUAGGCGUGACCUAACAUUGACGGGAAUUCCAGUUCUAGGGCCACUUAUCCACACAAGCGAGUACAUGUCUUGGUAUUUUGAGAAUGCAAUUUUGUUUUUGUCUGUUCCACAAAUGUUGAAUGACCCUAGGAUGCAUCGUGCCUUGACAUCGACACAUCUUCAUUCUCCUGAAUACCAUCAUAGUAGGGACCAUGAAAACACUCAUCAUGCAGAGGCAAGUAUGGAUGCAAGAAGGCAUUCCCUUUCAUCGUUCUCUAAUCUAGGCAUGCCAAGCUUGUUUGGAACUUAUGCCCCUACUACACCUUCGGCCCACGCUAUUGGAGGACCUUACGAUAACUCAUUUUAUUUUGUUGAAAGCCAUAACAAAAUAUGUACUUCCUUUGCUACUUAUGGAGGAGGUGAAGGUGAAGAACAUAUUCAACGACAACCUUCACCGGAAGAACCACCUAGACCUCCACAGGAAGAACCACCUAGACCUCCACAUGGAAGGAGAAAUCCAACUAGAAAUAGACGGUGA